AACCAUGUGGAUGUGAGGUCCUCAAACUGUCUAGUCUUUCACAAUUAGUCGUGUUAAAGUAAACGUGUUACUCAUGGAAACCGAAACGCGUCUGUCACCACAGACAGAUCGAUAGUGAGACAUUACCGCCUUUAAAACCAGCUGUUGAGAUAUUAAUGGCGGUUCAGUGCUGCAGCCUGUGAUGUUGAAAUGAAGAUUCAUGCAAAGGUUGUCUCCUACUUUGAAUCUUGUAAUUCACCUGUGGACAAAGAAGGAUACCUCUACAAGAAGGGGGAGAUAAAGACUUCUUAUCAGAAGCGCUGGUGCUUGCUGAAGGGGAACCUCCUCUUCUACAAGGACCGGCCAGCUGACCGGGACGUGAUAGGAGUGAUUGUUCUGGAGGGCUGCACCGUCCAGUUGUGCGAGUCCGAGGAGCAGUUUGCCUUCUCGCUGGUGUGGAGCGAGCCGGGACUGCGAACGUACAAGUUUGCCGCCGAGGACCAGGCCAGUCAGGAGAGCUGGAUCAAAGCACUGCUGUCAGCCAACCACAACUACCUUGCUCUGCUAGUGAUGGACCUGGAGAAGAAGUACAGAGAUACAGUAGGUGAGCUCGGUGGCCCAAUCAAGACUUUCACCAUGCCAAAUUUCAACACACCAGAAUUGGGAUAUCCUGCAGCCGGUCUGAGCGCACAAACUUCAACGUUAACUCCGUACGCAGCACCGGGUGUGGGAGCAGGAUCCAGUCUGAGCUCCAAUCCAACGCUUCAAGCUCCGACCAUUUCAUCCAGAUCAACCAGCAAGAGAUCCCCCAAACUCUGGUCCAAGAGGAAUGCAAAUGUGGUGCCCAUUAACACUCCUGCUCCACCCAUGGGGGAGUGGUCAGGUGUAUGUUUAGGCACCAAGGAGGAUUUCAGUAAAUUGCAUGAGGACUUUGGAAAGGAAGUAAAGGAACUGAUUGCUGAUUGGUCAAAAAGGGGACAAGGCGGUGAAGUUGUCCAGGAAGAGAACCUGAUAGAUUUUGGCUGAUGAAUGAGUUGUGUUCACAGUGUCUAAACCUUAAUUUGAAUAACCGCAGUUGCAGUAAAGCUGUAAUGUAAAUAGGAAUUAGAAUGAGAGUACAGUGCCACACUAUUUGUUAAGAUAUAUUUGUAUAUAUGAUAAGAACAUACUGUUUCUGCUUUUGCUUAUCAUGCCAUAGAGUAAAUAAAUGAUUUAUUAUCUCCCA